AUGGACAAGAUCAUUGGGUUUUCUGAUGAUGAAUUGCUCGUGAAGAUCUUAUCGUUUCUUCCAACUAAAGAUGCCGUAAGCACAAGCAUUUUGUCGAAGCCAUGGAAGUUUCUUUGGAUGCGGGUGCCAAAACUUGACUUCGUUGAAAAAAGCAUGUAUUUUUCAGAAUUUUACUCUCGAUAUCAGAACCCUAAGAUCGGUGACUGCGAAACCUAUUCUAUAGCUUCGGCAAAAUGCCACAGGAUGCAGUGUUUUAUUGACAAGAAUCUGCCAUUACAUAGCUCUCCCGUCAUAAAGAGCUUGAAACUCACGUUUCACAAUAAAGUUUUUCAACCUAAAGAUAUCAAACUGUGGGUUGAAAUUGCAAUCUCUCGUUGUGUUGAGGAGCUAAGCGUUAAAGUUUUAAACGGAAAACUUAAUGCAGUAGCACCGAGUAGCUUGUAUAUUUGCAAAUCACUUGUGACGUUGAAACUAAAGAACGACAUUUUCGUGGAUGUUCCUCAUGUUUGUAGCCUCCCCUCCUUGAAAACUUUGCACCUUCGACGUGUGAUGUACGCAGAUGAAGAAUCUCUUCAACGGCUUUUAUCUAAUUCCUCUGUUUUGGAAGAUCUUGUUCUGCAACUAUGUCAUGGUGACAAAGUGAGAAAGUUUGCUGUUAUCAUCCCGUCAUUGCUUAGUUUAUCCUUUGAAAUAUCUUCUGAGUGUACUUCUGAUGGGUAUAUCAUAGAUACUCCUUCUCUGAAGUAUUUCAAAGCUAUUGAUAGAAGUGAAACUACUUCUACUUCCACAUGUGUUAUAGUGAAGAAUAUGCCUAAGCUGGAGGAGGCACAGGUACGUACUGGUAAAAAUAUCAAGAUGCUUCUUCAACCUGUCACAUCUGUUAAGCGUCUUUCACUGUGGGUAAAAGACAACAACAGUACUGCAGAGGUGGCUGUAUAUGGUGAUGAUUUUGUCUUUAAUAGGCUUGAGCAUCUGUAUUUUCGUGCCUGUGGGACAUUUUGGUCCAAGUUACUAUUCCAAUUGCUCAAUGCUUCUCCCAAACUACGAGGCUUCACUUUCAAUGAUGAUCUUCUUACAUAUGAUGGUAUUAUGGGUGCAUCGGUUUGCUGGAAGCCACUGCAUAGUGUUCCUCAAUGUUUAUUGUCGAGUCUCCAGACUUUCAAGUGGUUAGGUUACCAUAGAUCCGUAGAAGGGAAAGAUCUGGCGACAUAUAUCUUGAGAAAUUCUUGCUUAUUGAAGACUGCAACAAUCUCGGUCGAGCGAGAGUUGGAGACGAAGGUGACAUUUGGUUUCCGUGGUUCACCCACAUGCAACUUCGUAUUCACUGAACAGCGGAACUAUGGUGAAGGACUUUUUUGGUGACCUUGAUCUAUCGAGGAAUUAGCCAACCUGUUAUUGGCUAAAC